AAAAUUUUCACAUCCGCAAAUUUUGUUUACAGUUUUCGUAUAUUUCGACCUAAAUAUAACACAAAAGAAGCCAACUAUUACAGAUUAAACGUUACAAAAUCAUAGCACAAGAUGUAAGCGUAACAUAGGAGUUCACAUUAUAUUAGGAAUCUCUGCCAAUCGGACAUAAUCAUGCCCGGAUCGAUCACAUAAAAAAUGGCGAUUUCACCUCCAGUCUCUCCGAGUCCAUCCAAGGAAAAGAGCUAUGACUAUCUACUUAAAUUCUUGCUUGUGGGAGACAGUGAUGUAGGGAAGGAAGAAAUACUGAGUGGACUGGAUGAUGGUGCUUCUGAAUCCCCUUAUGGAUUUUCAUCUGCCUCUGGUAUUGACUAUAAGACAACUACCAUCUUGUUGGAGGGAAAACGGGUCAAAUUACAGCUCUGGGACACUUCAGGCCAGGGCAGAUUUUGUACAAUAUUCAGAUCUUAUUCACGUGGAGCUCAGGGAAUCUUACUUGUAUAUGACAUCACAAACAAAUGGUCAUUUGAUGGCAUAGAUCGGUGGAUCAAAGAAAUUGAUCAGCAUGCACCCGGUGUACCAAAGAUACUAGUGGGGAACAGACUUCAUCUUGCUUACAAACGUCAAGUUGCGGAAACUUGUGCAGAAACUUACGCUUUGAAGAAUGAUAUGACGUUCUUUGAAGUUAGUCCAUUAUGUGACUUCAACGUUGUUGAAUCAUUCGCUGAGCUGUCGCGUGUGGCUCUGAAAAGGAAUGGCAUGAACAGAUUGGGAGGUCAUUGUAAAGUGUUGGAUCUGCAGGAACUUGCAUGCCGGACUAUCGUUUCACAUACUACCAUAUAUGGAAUAGAACAGUUGCCUCUCCCUAAUCCAAUGAAAUCUCACCUCAAGUCUUAUGCUAUGACAAACAAAACGCGGACUAGAAUGCAAAGUUUUGCCCACCGUGAUAAACACAAAAAGAAAAUAAUGAACCCAACUGACUCCCCUCCGAUGAAUUGUAGAAAAAGCUGCUCUUUAUCAUAGUUGUAGGCUUGACCUGACAAGAAAUUUCACGUUGGUUCUAAUGUUUAGGUGAUAUCCUGGUAUCAUAUAGGUGAUAUCCUGGUGUCAUAUAGAUGAUAUCCUUGUGUCAUAUAGGUGAUAUCCUGGUGUCAUAUAGUUGAUAUCCUGGUGUCAUAUAUUUGAUAUCCUUGUGUCAUAUAGUUGAUAUCCUGGUGUCAUAUAGUUGAUAUACUGGUGUCAUAUAGGUUAUAUCCUGGUGUCAUAUAGGUGAUAUCCUGGUGUCAUAUAUAUGAUAUCCUGGUGUCAUAUAUGUGAUAUCAUGG